GCCCCCUGAUUUAUAUCUCUAUGUAAAACCUAUACAAAGUAUCUGCCAGUAACAGGUCUCGAAUUUUUUUUCCCCUCCCACUCUGCUGUGUCAGAGGAACGCAGACAGAAGUACCUCUGUUUCGGGCUCCACCGCUGGAGGAGGAGUUUUCAUUCAGACUUUCUGAAGAGGUGGAGAUACUGAGAGACUCACCAGAAAAGGUCCCCUGAGCCAGCCUGGGGAUUCAGUCUUUUUCCUGCUCCUGUUCGCCAUGGACCUGCCUUCCUCUCCAAGCUUUUCAGAUGUGCCCUGAUGCCUACAUAACUGCAAGCCCUCCCUCCUCUUUACCACCAGAGUGCCACCCUCACUCAACUCCAAAGAAUUCAAGAGCCAAGACAACAUGGAUGCCCCAAUAACAGACGAUUUUCCUCAAACCCUGCCCAUUGAGCAACUCUGCUCCAUCCAUGUCAGCAAUGAGUAUGUGGAACGACCUGCCAUCUCCUGCCAACAGACCCUGUCCAGUUCUUCCCUUGCCCAGCAGGCUCACAAGUCCGACUGGUCCCUGUCUACUCUACCCUCUGAUCUGCCUCGAAGCCUCAGCCAAUGCCGCCAGCUUCAGCUGUUGCCGCAGCAUCUGAGCCAACCCAGCCUUGCCAGCUCCUUAUCCCACACCACCAUCACCUCCGACCAAAGGCUUCUGAGCAGCAUCACUCCAUCACCCUCGGAUCACUCCCUUAUCUGUACCCAGCCUCAAGCUGGGGCCUUGAAAGUGGAGGAGUCUCAGAAAGGUGCAGCAGAGAAGCUGUCCCUCCAUACUGGUGGGCACCUCUUCAUUUGUGAAGAGUGUGGCCGUUGCAAAUGCAUCCGCUGCACGGCCACACGCACCCUACCCUCCUGCUGGCUCUGCAAGCAGCGCUGCCUCUGCUCCCCAGAGAGCCUGCUCGACUACAGCACAUGCCUCUGCUGCGUCAAGGGUAUCUUUUACCACUGCUCCACAGACGACGAAGACAACUGUGCUGAUGAGCCCUGCUCCUGUGGGCCUGGAUCCUGCUGUGCCCGCUGGGCGGCCAUGAGCCUCCUGUCACUGGUCAUGCCUUGCCUGUGCUUGUACCCUCCAGCUCGAGGAUGUCUCAAGUUGUGCCAGCAAGGCUACGAUGGCCUCCGGAGACCAGGCUGCCGAUGCAAGAGCCACACCAACACUGUUUGCAGAAAGAUCUCCUCUUCCAGCGGAGCCUCCUUCCCCAGGACCAUGGAGAAGCCGGUGUAAAUGCCUUGCAGCCUCCCCCAGCCCCUUCUCUCCCCCUCCCCCUUCACUCUACAGGAAAGAAGGCUGGGGGGUCAGAGAAAGCAACUAGCCAGGACUCAAGGGCUUGCCCCCAUCAAUCCUGCCAUGCCCUGGGGCUGGCCAAGUGCAUCUUGAGUCCUAGGCAGCUUGUCCUUCCCUCAUCGGCUCUGUGCGCCCCCCCACUCCUGCCUUAGCCUCCCCACCCCCACUCACCUCUCAGCUUGCCCUGCCCCAAAGCAAAAAAUUAAUUAAAAAUCAGAUGAUCCAAAGACAUGGGACCUGCACAUUGAAGACAAAUUGAGCCAGCUUCUGGCCAUCUGCCCAUGGCCUCCUCAGCACUGUGUGGCAAACAGGAGGCUCCCUGACCCAGCCUCCUUCCACACUGGACUCAUUUCCCCAGUGCCUUCGGGGGCUUUCUCCUGAGAUGGCUUCCGACGUGUACCUAAUCUAAUUGUUCUUCCCCUCUCUUCAUCCUUGCCUUUCUCAUUCUCUCUCUUCCGCUUCUGUACUCCAUUCUCUCGUUCUCAACCUGCCCCAUCAUCCUCUCCUUGCUCUCUCAUCCUCUCCUUGCUCGCUUCUUUCUCCAUCAUCUCCUCCCUGUUCUUUCUUUCCCUCCCACUCUCUCAUUCUCUCUCUAUCCCCCCUUAUCCUACAUCCCCUUUACCAUCUCUCCUCUCAGUUCCCUUCCCUUGCCCCCACCUCAUUCUUCAUCCCUUCCCAAUUUCCUAAUCCCCUCCCUUACUCCACUUCAUCCCUCAUUUCUUGGCUUUUCCUUUUUCUCCUCACUCUCCCUCAUCUUCUCUUUCCUACCUCAUUUCCCCUCAUUCCCUUCUCCAUCCCUCCUCCCCAUUCAGUUUCCUCAUCCCUCAACCCCCCAUGCUCCUCCAUCUUCCAGUUCCUUAAUCCCUUGUCUCUUCCCUUACCCAACCUGAUCCUUUAUCUUUUCCCCUCGCCUUGGCUUUUCCAUUCUUUUCUUGUCCCAUGUCACCUUUGCUACCCCUUGUCCCAGCCCAACACCUUCAACCCUCCUCCCCCAUCUCCUCAUCACCUCCUUACUGCCUCCCCCACUUCUUCCUCAUGCCUUCUUCCCUACCCCCUCUUUCUCUAGCACCUUCAGGAGUGGGGUUUCCCCAAAUACCUUCCCUUUGCUUUCUUCCCUUUGCUGUGCUAUUACCCAGUCUUGCAAAAGAAGAAGGAUUCAUGUGAUAUAUUAACCAAGAAGCCUGCCUGAAAUCCAGAUGUGUGAGUGUGUGUGUGUGUAUAUGCACUGCACCCACCAUACCCACACAUCUCAAGGCAUAUGGGAUCAGGAUAAAGUAAUCCAGGCUUGGUCAGCUGGAGUCUUGUCCUUUUCCCCCCAAACUGGAUGGCCUUGGGCAGUAAAGGGUGGAAUCCGAAGCCCUUCUCUAGAUAUCAAUAAUCUUAAGACUGCAAGAUUUCUGUUCUGUGACUGGAACUCUGGACUGGAAAGGACUUUAAAGAUCUUGCAACCCAUUUGACAGAUGAGGAAACAGAGUCCCUGAAAGGGAACAUAGCAUGUUCAAAGCCACGUGGGACAAUUGUGAUAGAGCUGGGAUGAAGACACGGGUCUCCAUUCUCCCAGACUGGUGCUCUUUCCUGGCACCACAUCAGGCAUCUUCUUGCCUGGCCCUCCAUUAGUAGGGGCAAAAUACAGCCUCCACACAGAAACCAGGGAGAAGUGAAUCAAUGGUUGCUGUCCAAUGUCUGUUGGAUACUUCUCCAUUUGUGAAGUGUUAAGUAUCACUCACAGGCAGCUCCAUUGGCAGGGCCAAGGUUGCAGUUCAUUGCUUAGGAGGAGCUGGCAUCACCCUUUGCCCUUCUCGAUGACCAAGGGUGGCCUGUUGGAAGACUGAACACAAGGACUCCAAAAGAAGACCUUGCCGUGUCAUCUCUCCUAUGGUUCCCCAAACUGACUUUGCCCCCCCCAUGUCCCAUAGCCUCUGAAGAGGCACUGGCCAAUGCACCUGGUAGCUCGGAACCAAAUUCCAAGGAAAAAGAAAAGUUGCAGAUGCAAAAGUACAAGGUCCCAGGUAUGUAAGACAGGAUGUACCUCCCUCUUCCCUAAAUUGAACUCAGAGUACCCAGGCUAAACUUCCUUACUUGUGAGAGACUGCCUCUACAGUUCUCCAAUUGGUCAAGAUCACAUACUGUGGAAGGACAGCAGGGGUCACUCCUAAUGAGGGUUACUGGGAGGAGAAAUUCUCCAGUGCCAUAGCUUUCCCCCUGUAGUGGGCUUAAAGUUUUCACAAAAGGAUUCCAAGGGGGAGGUUACCUUCUCCAAAAAGAGGAGCUCCAGCCUGGCUUGCUGCUUACCUGUUCCAUCCAUACAGCUCAUGCUUUCCAAAAUGGAU